UCAUAUUGCAUCAAAACAAAAUACACGUAAAUGUUUUGCUCAGUCACCUCGAAUCAACAGAAAAGGGGCGAAAGCUAGAUAACACAAAGCAAGAUAACGUCCGGUCAUAAGUUUGCAACUUGCAAACAGUGAUAACGCGCCAUGGCCGCAAGACUGCGUCCAGCUCAUCUGCUGAUCGAACAAUUCGGAUCUGUGCGGCGGAUAAGCAUCAAUAAUCCCCGCAAGAAAAAUGCCAUCAACUUGCAAGCUUAUAGCGACUUGGCAGAUGAACUAAACGCUGCAGACGAGGAUGAAAGCGUAACGGUGGCGGUCCUGACGGGAGUUGGAGAUUUCUACAGCUCCGGCAAUGACAUCAGUGCUCUGAUGUCCAGCGAUAAGACGAUCGAAGAGCGGCUGGAAUCUUCCAACAGCCAUUUGACCCGAAUGGUGCGAGCCUUCUAUUCGUUCAACAAGUUGCUGAUCGGCGUCCUCAACGGGCCGGCAAUCGGAGUCGCUGCAACGACGGCAGUGCUAUGCGAUGUUUUAUAUAUGGCCGAUACGGCUUAUAUUCACACGCCAUUCACUGCUCUGGGGCUCUGUGCGGAGGGGUGUUCUUCGUACACGUUUCCCAAGCUGAUGGGCCGCAGUAAGGCGUCGGAAAUGCUGCUACUGAACCAUCGCAUGAGUGCCCAAGAAGCAUUGGAAUUCAACGUUGUUGCGGAACUGUUCAAGCGCGAAGAUUUCGAAUCGAAGCUUUGGCCGAGGAUUCUUCAGUACGGGAAGCUUCCUGUUGGAUCCAUCAAAGCGACAAAGCAGCUUAUGAGGAAAUUUGAGUCGGAUAAACUCGAGGAAGCUAAUGAGCGCGAAGCGCAAGUACUGGCCAAACGAUGGUUUACUGAGGAAGCUAUGCAAGCGAUUGUGAAUUUUAUGUCGCGCAAAAGUAAGAUGUAACGUCACUUACAUUCCAUUCUUUUAGAAUAUAGUUGACCUCGAUGGACGCAUUUUCA